AUGUCGUGGGAUGGUUUCAAAAAAGCCAUCAACAGAGCCGGGGCAUCCGUCACUGUCAAGAACGUGGAUAAGACCAUGGAUAAGGACUUUGACACCGAAGAAAGAAGAUAUAAAACGUUGAACACAGCAGGUACUAGCUUGCAAAAAUCAUCCAAGGGUUACUUGGACUCAUUGAGAGCCAUGACGGCUUCUCAGGUCACUAUUGCUGAAAUUGUGUCCAACUUAUAUGAAGAGGCCAAACAAGGUCCAUCUGUGUAUUCCAACGUAGGAAACUUGUAUUUGCAAUGUGUGCGUGAAUUUGACGAGGAGACUGUGAAACAGAUGGAUGGCCCGUUCAGAGAAACCAUUUUGGACCCUAUAACCAAAUUCGCAGGGUAUUUCAAGGAAAUAGACGAGGCUAUAAAGAAGAGAGCCCACAAGAAAAUAGACUAUGACCAGUGUAAGGCUAAGGUGAGACGGCUAAUUGAUAAACCAGCAAAGGAUGCAGGCAAGUUGCCUCGUGCUGAAAAGGAGUUGCAAGUUGCAAAAGAAAUCUUUGACGACUUGAACGAGCAAUUGAAGGCUGAGUUGCCGCAAUUGAUUGCGUUGAGAGUUCCAUUCUUAGACCCUUCGUUCGAGGCAUUGGUCAAGAUCCAAAUGCGUUUUUGUACAGAGGGCUACUCUAGAUUGGCCCAGAUCCAGCAGUACUUGGACCAGAAUUCCAGAGACGAAUAUGCGAACGGAUUGUUGGACGGUCGUAUCGACGACUUGAUUGGCCAGAUGAACUCGUUGAACAUCGCAACUUUGGGCAAAUAG